CAUUUCCUUACCACAAAGCAAAUAGCUUUCUUUCAAACUCUCCCUUCUAUUUUUCCCUCUCCCUCCCAAAAUUAAAACUCUUGUUCUCUAACAAUACAUGGCUUCUCCUACCAUGUUGGCCUCAACCCUCUUCGUCUUGGUCAUUAAUCUUUGCCUUCGCGGUGUAUACGGUGACGCCGGUUGGACGAAUGCCCAUGCUACAUUUUAUGGUGGAGGUGACGCCUCUGGCACAAUGGGGGGAGCAUGUGGGUAUGGAAACUUGUACAGCCAAGGGUACGGGACUAGCACGGCGGCACUAAGUACCGCGUUAUUUAACAGUGGAAUGAGUUGUGGAGCUUGCUACGAACUUAAAUGCAAUGACGACCCAAAAUGGUGCAUAGCAGGGAGCAUUAUUGUCACUGCUACCAAUUUUUGCCCACCAAACUAUGCAUUAUCUAAUGAUAAUGGUGGAUGGUGUAACCCUCCUCUACAACAUUUUGAUUUGGCUGAGCCUUCUUACUUAAAAAUUGCUCAAUAUCGUGCUGGAAUUGUCCCCGUUUCUUUUAGAAGGGUACCCUGUGUAAGAAAGGGAGGAAUAAGGUUCACAAUCAAUGGACACUCCUACUUCAACUUGGUCCUAAUCACUAAUGUUGCCGGUGCCGGUGACGUCCACUCGGUGUCGAUAAAGGGUUCGAAAACCGGGUGGCAAGCGAUGUCAAGGAACUGGGGACAAAAUUGGCAAAGCAAUGCUAACCUCAAUGGGCAAAGCCUCUCAUUCCAAGUUACUUCUAGUGAUGGAAGGACUAUUACUAGUAACAACAUUGUUCCUGGCAAUUGGCAAUUUGGUCAAACUUUUGAAGGAGGACAAUUCUAAUUA